AGUACAUACAGUUGCUGGUUAUCGGUUGUUACACUAUCGGCAACAACAGUGCCCAGCAGUGCCUCCAACCAGUGCCGCUCAGCAGUGCUACCGAUCAGUGCUCUUAGGCAGUGCCACCCAUUAGUGACGCCCAACAGUGUCGCCCAACAGUGCCCAUCAUCGUGCCCAUCAGUACUGCCUAUCCAUGCCACCUCAUCAGUGCCCAUCAGUCCUGCCUAUCAGUGCAGCCUCAUCAAUGCACAUCAGUGC